CCGGACUCUCAUUAGGAUUUCUCAGUUUUGGUUUGCUUGUAAUAGUUUUUCCACUGAACAUACUGUGGUGUUUUAUGGAACAAGUUUGAGGUGUUGAAACUUCUUGUUUUUCACAGCUUCUGACACAACAGGAAGAGGAUGAUGAAGUUUGAAAAGUUUGAUGAAGGUUGCAUUUGAUCAUCAGAGACAGCCGAACCAUGUUCUCUCUCAGUGUCCUCCUGCUUACCUUGAUGCUUCUGAACUUCAAGUUGCUGAUAUCUGCAGAGACUGUAGUUACAUGUGAUGGCCCAUUUGUCCAGCGUCUCAUUUGUGAUACUGGUGUGAUCAGUGUACAAUCAGCGACGUUUGGCCGCACAAGCAGCCUGAUUUGCAGUGCUGGACGACCACCAUCUGAAAUAUCUAAUACUCAGUGUUCAAUAGAUGUCCCUGCAGUCUCUAAACGAUGUAAUGGACUGAGACAGUGCGAGAUAGACGCUCAAGGACUUGCACCAAGAGAUCCAUGUGUUGGCACUUACAAGUACUACACUACCAACUACAUUUGCAUUCCAGCAGAAACAAGUGUGAUUUGUCAUGGUGGAUACGGUUAUUUGAAAUGUGAAUAUGGUAAGAUUCAGAUAAAUACUGCAAACUAUGGACGUACAGAUAAAACCACCUGCUCUGAAGGACGUCCAUCCAGUGAGCUCCAAAACACCAACUGCUAUUCACCUAAUGCACUGUCUCCUGUGUCCAAAAGCUGCAAUGGCCUGGAAAGUUGUGAGGUGUUUGCGACACAUACAGUCUUUACUGAUCCCUGCUUUGGCACAUACAAGUACCUCGCAAUCUCUUAUUUUUGCCUCCCACCUGGAGUUCGUUCAAGUUUGGUCUGUGAACAUGAGACGAGUGUCCUGAAUUGUGAUGAUGGGACUAUCAUAAGCAUUCAAAGCGCUAACUACGGCCGAACCGAUGGCAGCACAUGCUCUACUGGACGACCUGCUCCUCAGCUUGCCAAAACUGACUGCUACGCCUUAAAUACACAGACAGUAGUCGCUAGUGGAUGUGAAGGGAAGAACAGCUGCUCCAUUUUAGCCUCCAACAGUGUCUUCUCUGAUCCAUGUGGCGGCACAUUCAAGUACCUGUACAUCUUGUACACCUGCGAGUAUAAGUAGAACGACAGCUGGUGUUGUGGAUUUGGCUUCUUCAGUUCUCUAUCAGCAUCUCCUCCACUUUAAAUACACUGAAACUAAAUCUAUUUCUUAAUUGUUAGCACUUGUUAUAUGGUAUUUUCCCAUACGUAUCUUUCUCUUGUAAAAAUAUGGCAAAAAGAAUAAUGGUAGAAUACUAGUAUGCUAAUUAAAAUUCAGUCUUUGUGUGUGGAUGAAAUCACUGGCUGAGACUUUUGCGAAAAGCUUGGAUCCUAAUAUAAUAAAUAUUUUGUACUGUGGACCUUGCUUGUACACUCUGCAAACACUUUGCAAAUCACCAACUUCACUGUCAAUGUGUUGAAUUUUAACAAACAAACACAUUCCACAAACAAUUAUAACUAAUUCAAUCACCAUUUUUUAUAACUAGAAAAGAUCAUACAGUGUACAGUUACACAGAUCAGUUAAUAUUCAAGCAACAGCUUUCUCUGUUGUGGUGACAAACUUGUCAUUGCUUAUACGUGUUAUUAACCUGUUGUUGUUUAGAAGUCAAUAGUCAAUAUCUUUUUACUGAUUGGAAAACAUAGGAUUUAACCUGAACACUUGGAUAAAACUAAUGUGCACAAAAGUAAAACACUGACUCUAUGACUUUCUAGAUU